CACACAUACACACACACAGAGCAGUAGGUCCGGUGUAUUCUCUCUCAGAUUCAUCAGACCCUCCGACCUCCCUUCCCUUUUCUCUCUCUACAAACACUCUGCCUCCACUUUUUCUCGCUCCAGACCUUACUAGUAAUUCUCUUUCUCUCUCUUCCCUUCAUUUGAUACCCGAAAAGGAAUAAGAACUCCAUUGUUUCAAUCUUUUUAGACCUUAUCAACAAUAGGAUCCUUGAACCCACAAGGUUUGAGGCAUUCAGAUCUGAAGCUUUGAACGAAGUUUUUGGGUUUUUGCGACGAUGGGUAAUAAGGUUAUUUUCCACUUUGAGCCUCUUAGCUUUUCAUGAGACCAUGAUCUAGCGUUCUAGCUGCGUUUUAAGUUCAACCCUUGUCGGUUCAUCUCUCUCUGCUAUAUAUACGUUCUGUUACUUAUUCUAGUCUCAGUUUUGGCAUAUAACGUUCCUUAUAUUUAGCUUACUCUGAGAUUGCUUUUGACUGGUAAAGACUAUAUAGAACUUGUAUUCCGAUGCAUAAGGGUUUUGGGAACUUCUGAUUUUUGAACGUCUAUUUCCUUGAUCGUGGGUUUAACUCCAAUUUUGAGCUUCAAGAUCAACUUCUCCGUUUUGGGUAUCGGCUGUUUGAGAAAAAAACAAAACUGAGAAAAUGCAUAGACCUCCACCGGAAGAUUAUUCCCUAAAGGAGACCAAACCCCACCUUGGUGGUGGGAAGGUCACCCGGGAUAAGCUCCCGAGUACGUAUGACCUUGUCGAGCAAAUGCAAUACCUUUAUGUUCGGGUGGUUAAAGCUAAAGAACUACCAGCGAAGGAUGUUACCGGUAGUUGUGACCCUUAUGUUGAAAUUAAGCUUGGAAACUAUAAGGGUACAACUAGGCAUUUUGAGAAAAAAACAAAUCCUGAAUGGAAUCAGGUAUUUGCUUUCUCCAAAGAUCGUAUUCAGGCAUUUGUACUUGAGGUCACUGUGAAAGAUAAGGAUUUUGUGAAGGAUGAUUUCAUUGGUCAGGUUUUGUUUGACCUCCAUGAGAUCCCAAAACGGGUUCCACCGGAUAGUCCUCUGGCACCGCAAUGGUACAGGUUGGAAGAUAGGAAGCGGGAUAAGGUUAGGGGAGAACUGAUGUUGGCUGUUUGGAUGGGUACCCAAGCUGAUGAAGCAUUUCCUGAAGCGUGGCAUUCAGAUGCCGCAACUGUUAGUGAUGCUGAUGGUCUUGCCAGCAUUCGGUCGAAGGUAUAUCUGUCUCCUAAGCUUUGGUAUUUGAGAGUGAAUGUCAUUGAAGCUCAGGACUUGCAACCUGGUGACAGGAGUAGGCCCCCUGAAGUUUUUGUGAGGGCAGUCCUUGGGAAUCAGGCUCUGAGGACUAGAGUUUCUAUGAACAGAACUAUAAACCCAAUGUGGAAUGAGGAUUUAAUGUUUGUAGCGGCAGAACCAUUUGAGGAACCAUUAAUUUUGAGUGUGGAAGAUAGAGUGGCACCCAAUAAGGAUGAAGUUUUGGGAAGAUGUGCAAUUCCUUUACAAUAUGUGGACAGAAGGCUGGAUCAUAAACCUUUGAAUACUAGGUGGUUUAAUCUCGAGAAACAUGUUGUUGUUGAGGGGGAAAAAAAAAAGGAAGUAAAGUUUGCCAGCAGGAUUCAUAUGAGAAUUUGUUUGGAAGGUGGUUAUCAUGUUCUGGAUGAAUCGACUCACUACAGUAGUGAUCUCAGGCCAACAGCAAAACAGUUGUGGAAGUCUAGCAUUGGUGUUCUUGAAUUGGGUAUUUUGAAUGCACACGGGCUGUCACCUGUGAAGACAAAAGAUGGACAUGCUGCAACAGAUGCUUAUUGUGUGGCCAAAUAUGGGCAGAAGUGGGUGCGGACAAGGACGAUUAUAAAUAGCUUUGCCCCUAAAUGGAAUGAGCAGUACACUUGGGAGGUUUUCGAUCCCUGUACUGUUGUAACCAUUGGGGUUUUUGAUAACUGUCAUUUGCAUGGAGAUAAGUCUGGAGGGGCAAGGGAUUUGAGGAUUGGAAAGGUCAGGAUUCGUCUUUCAACUCUUGAAACAGAUCGUGUUUACACGCAUUCGUAUCCACUUUUGGUUUUAGAACCUAAUGGGGUGAAGAAGAUGGGUGAAAUACACUUGGCUGUGAGGUUUACUUGUUCAUCGUUAUUGAAUAUGAUGCAUAUGUACUCACAACCGUUGUUGCCCAAGAUGCACUACAUUCAUCCAUUAACUGUUAGUCAGCUUGACAGCUUGAGGCACCAGGCCACACAGAUUGUAUCCAUGAGGCUCAGUCGUGCUGAGCCACCAUUGAGAAAGGAGGUUGUGGAGUAUAUGUUGGACGUGGGGUCUCACAUGUGGAGUAUGAGGAGAAGCAAAGCUAAUUUCUUCAGAAUUAUGGGAGUUUUUGGUGGGAUUCUUGCUGUUGGGAAAUGGUUUGAUCAGAUAUGCCAUUGGAAGAACCCCAUUACCACAGUUCUGAUUCACAUUUUGUUCUUAAUACUGGUUUUGUAUCCAGAGCUUAUUCUGCCCACCAUUUUCCUCUACCUUUUCUUGAUUGGAGUUUGGUACUACAGGUGGAGGCCAAGGUAUCCUCCUCACAUGGACACACGUCUCUCUUGUGCUGAUAAUGCACAUCCUGAUGAAUUAGAUGAAGAAUUUGAUACGUUCCCUACCUCUCGCCCUGCUGAUAUUGUAAGGAUGAGAUAUGAUCGUCUGAGAAGUAUUGCAGGGAGGAUUCAGACUGUGGUUGGUGACUUGGCGACUCAAGGGGAGAGGCUGCAGUCUCUGUUGAGCUGGAGAGACCCGAGGGCUACAGCUCUGUUUGUGAUUUUCUGUUUAGUUGCUGCCAUUGUUCUUUAUGUGACACCUUUCCAAGUUGUGGCUCUUCUGGCAGGAUUUUAUGUGUUAAGACAUCCAAGGUUUCGUCACAAGCUUCCUUCAGUGCCGCUCAAUUUCUUCAGGAGAUUGCCAGCAAGAACUGACUGCAUGCUAUGAGCAAAGCUACAAGCUCUCAUUUCCUUUGAUCGUCUCAUAUUGGUUCUCUGCCAAUGCCUUUUUGGUCAUUGAAGACUAUGUAUAAACAAAUGGAGCUCGUUCACUGUCUUUCACAAAGUGGUGAAUGUUGGGUCCUGGUAUGAAGUGCAAGAUCUCUCAUUAAACUGGUAGAUUUUGUGGAUGUGCUGUUUAUUUAUGCCUUAGAGAGUAUUUCUGUUUAAGAGUCGACUCUCUGACAACUGUUCUAUGCUCUUUUGUAUUGAUGUAGUUGUGAUUUGAAUUUAAUCCUUCUUAGGCGAUUCUCUAUCCUUAAAUGUUACUAGUAGGUUUCUUUGAUGGGUUUGGACUAAUAAUUUAUGUUGAAUAUUGAUUAGUAUUGCUCUAAACUUCUCCCCGAUGCUAUGUUAAACUUGAGAUGCAAUGAAUUUCAG